GUUUUGGUACGCAAAAGAAAAACCAAAGAAAAAAAAUAAAAGAAACAUUUUAGGAUGAGAUAGGCGACAGGCCUCCCAGUCCCAGGGGUUCUUCCGGUGAUUCUCUGCUUUUUCCAUCAAUUGCGUCAUUGGCUCUGGUAAUCCUGAUGGCUCGAAUGGUUAGGAGCUGCGUGCAGUCGCUCCUGAAGCUUGUGAACGCCGUCACUGCAAUGGUGGGGAUCGCCAUGAUUCUCUACUCUUUGUGGAUGGUUAGGGUUUGGGAGAGGCAUAUGGGCUCUUCUCCCUUUGGAGCCGAUGAUACGCCGUCUCCAUGGUUCAUCUACACUUUUCUUGGCCUUGGAAUCACUUUGUCUGUGAUCACAUGCUCAGGUCAUAUUGCUGCGGAGACUGCAAAUGGGAUAUGCCUUUAUUUUUACAUGCUGUUUGUUUUUUUGCUGAUCAUGGUGGAAGCUGCAGUGACUGUUGAUGUGUUUCUUAACCACAACUGGGAAGAGGACUUUCCAGUGGACCCAAGUGGGACUUUUGAUGAGUUCAAAGAUUUUGUCAGGUCAAAUUUUGAGAUUUGCAAAUGGAUUGGAUUGACUAUUGUGUCUGUACAGGGACUGUCAAUUUUAUUGGCAUUGAUACUCAAAUCUCUUGGUCCACAUCGUGGAUGUGAUGAAAGUGAUGAUGAUUUUGCUCCUGCCAGGCUUCCACUCUUGAAGAAUUCUGUUCAUCCACCUCCUUAUGUUGUUGGUGACCCUGUCUAUGGAUCUAAGAAAUAAGAUGAUGCUUCUAAUUUAAGGAUGAAAGAGAGGUAAAGGGGUCUGCUUUGGUGGGAGCUGACAUCUGGAUGAAAGGAAUGUAUCGGCACAAAGGAGCAAUUGAGCAUUCAAGGCGGAAAAAGAAAAAAGCACUCGGCGGACUUGCAAAGGAUCUUGUGAUGGUCACAAACAUGUACAUAUGCUGUAACAUUCUUCAACGGUUUUACCCAAAUCUCAACUUCAAUAUUUGCAUGAUAUAUAUCUCAUUAUGUUGAUAGAACGACUUUGAAUGAAUGUGAUUCAUUGGUAUGCUUGUAAGCCCUUGAAUUCUAACCUGAUAGAAAUGAUUUCCCUUUC